AGUAAAAAGCAAAAGCAUUCGGAAACAAGCAUGAUAUCAUCAGAAGAACAGUUUGUUUCUUCACAAGAAUUGGAAUCUUCAUUGUACACGAUUAAUACUGAAUCCACUGAAGUAGACUUUGACAUAAUGAUGCCUUAUGUUUUUUUUUUCAAAGAGGAAAACUUUAGUAAAGUCUGCUUCAAUUUUAGAAAUGAAUGCUUGCGACAAGAGUUGGUAUUUGAAAAACUGCCUGUUAUUAAAAAAAUGGCAAUAAAUCAUGUUUACUUAGUUGAACAUGAUCCAAUAAACUCUGUCAUUCACGUCCAAAAUGAUUUUUUCGUACAAUUUGGUCUGAAUGAAGCAUAUCCUGUAUUGAUGAAAGAAGAUAUAGAUGCUAUUAUUAACAUUAGUCAAAAUCUCAAUGUUAAUGAUAAAGAGAAUGCAAUGAAUACAGCAUUGCAACACUUGAUAAAGCAUAAUAAUAAUCCAGUAGCAAAAAUUAUGUAUAAUUUGUAAAUAUCUAACUUUUCCAAUUUCUAUUCAAUAGCACUAAAACAAAUCUCUCUUUCAUAGGCUUAAUAAUUAUGAUUAUGCUG